AGCAAAAAAAAAAAACUCACUGAGAGAGAGAGAGAGAGAGAGAGAGAGAAGGAGAGAGAGACUAUCGGAACGUAGUGGCUUGUGUGCGCGUGUGUGUGUGUGCGUGGAGGUGCGUACGCGCUCGCUCGGCGGUAGAAACGACUGGCGGGGCGGACAUGGAGGGACUCGGGGAAAACGCUGCUGGGAAGUGACCGAGCACCGAGGCGAAGAGAGGGGGGGGGGGGACGGAGAGCGCGAGGAAGGACGGACGGAUAUACGGGAGGAAAGAAGGAAGGAAGGAGGGUGGCGAGAAAAGUCUGACAAGAGGACAGAGAGGGAGUGAAAAGCGGCUCGUCUGGAACGCGGCAGGAUUCUAAGGAGUGAGCCCUGGGCUGGAUGGGACCCACCAUGCCCCCCAGUAAGAAGGCCCAGAGCCCCAGCAGUGGAGCCAGUGCUUCACAGGGCAUGAGCCCGCCGUACCGACAAGGGGACGCCGCAACGGCAGCAUCUGAGGCGGAGGCAGCAGACCUCUCCCUGUCCUUGUCAGCGUCCUUCUCCAAAGCUGAAGAUGAGGAGCUCACCAGUCUUUCUUGGCUCCACGAGAGCACCGACCUCCUGAACAGCUUCAGCCACUCGGGGUUGCGUAGCGUUUCCCCACUGCUGGACCCCGACGGUCAGCACCCCCGCUCGCCUUCUUCCACGUCGCCAUGCCCGGACGACCCCCUGUUGGGCGAUGCACACUCGGCGUACGACUUGGCGGCGGGGGCCAACAGGAAACCACCGUACUCCUUUAGCUGCUUGAUCUUUAUGGCUAUUGAGGAUGCGCCGAACAAGCGACUACCAGUAAAAGAUAUCUACGGCUGGAUCUUGGAGCAUUUCCCCUACUUUGCAAGCGCACCCACAGGAUGGAAGAACUCAGUGCGCCACAAUCUGUCACUAAACAAGUGCUUCAAGAAGGUGGAUAAAGACCGCAGUCAGAGCAUAGGAAAAGGAUCUCUAUGGUCAAUAGACCCAGAGUACAGGCACAACCUGAUUCAGGCACUGAAGAAGACACCGUACCAUCCCUACUCAACAGGCCUGGCCACCCCCUCCACUUCCCCACCCACUCUGUCUCAGACGUUUCACCACAGUCCUCCAUUGUGGUCGGGGAGUCCCCUCUUCAGGAAGAAUGGCGGAGUUCUCCUACAAGUUCCCCAUGGUGUGAUUCAAAAUGGCGCCCGUGUCAGGAGCCAGGCACUCUUCCCUGUGAUAAGACCUGUUCCUGUAAGCCCAGUAGGGAGCAGAACCUCGGCCAUAAGAUCAUCCAUAGGAGACUAUCUGAAACGAGGCCAGGACAGCCCUUCCUGCUACUCUCCUCCGCCCUGCGGCGAGGACCUUCAGGAAGACCACAAUUACAGCACCGCCAAAUCCCCCCAGGCCACGGCCCCUUCGUCUCCGACGGACGACGACGACAUCAUCGCCGUGGAAAUCCAAUCCGACAUCAAACCCGAGCCCCGGGAGAUCCCGCUGGAUCCCCACGUCACGACCGCCGCCGCGACUUACCUUUCCCAGCAACCCCUGCGCGCACAGAGACGUAGCUUGGGGGCAGGACCCGGGACUCUGGCGGGAAGCAGCUUUGCGUGGACCAAAAACCGAGCGAGGGGCAUUAGCGACACGCUGCCGCUGAAGAAGCGGCGCGCAGUGGAGAAGCCGCCGGAGAGCGACGACGAGGAGAUGAAGGAGGCGGCGGGGUCGCUGCUCCACUUGGCCGGCGUCCGAGCCUGCCUCAACAACAUCACAAACCGCACCGCCAAGGGCCAGAAGGAGCAGAAAGAGGCCCUGAGAAACUAAAAGACACAUAGUACAUAAUCACGCCAACACAUUAACACGUUAGCACGCCGACACAUACACACUGUACAACACACAAAUAGAUCAACAGGUAACAUGUUUAGUCUCUACGGACACUUCUCAUCUCCCUCUAUCUAUCUGCAGGGCAUUAGGUGAAUCCUACUUAUUUGUGGCAAUAUCAAAAAUCUAUGUUUUCCUACAUGUUCAGCAACACUAAUGGGUACUUCUCAUAUGUCUUUUGUUGUUUUUGUUGUUUCAAAGGGGAUGAAAGCCAUAGUAAAGCAUUUGUUUGAACAAGUGGGCAAAAGUGAAUCAGUACAAGGAAAGAAAAUGGCUGUUUGUCUUGCGUAUUUGUUUGUUCGCGUGCGUAACCUGUAGCAAUCUUGCAGUGAUGCCAGCAAAGGCGGCAGAGCCUACCAGACUCGGGCGAAGGGAGGGGGUGGGGGGUCAGUGUGUGUUGGGUGUCAGCCCCUCACUAGCAUCACUCUCCUUACAUCCACGAGCACAAAUGUGAGACUGUGCCAAAGAGAAGUGACCAGGUUGCUUCAUGUAGCCAAUAUGACAGCUGACAAAAAAAUAGACUUCAAAAUGGAAAGAAAAGAAAAAAACACCCGAAGGCAACGGUAGUUAAGCUUGACGAGAACGACCUUAAGUGUCAAAAUAAUUGUAAAACCCAAUGUGAUAUAUACUCAUGCACUUGAUAUUAUUUUACGCCACUUAUAGUAAAGCAACAUGGUUUAUUUCAAGAGCACUCAUAGUAUUUAAGAAUAGAUAUAUUAAAAUAUGGAAGAAAAAAAAAUCUCAUGUUUCGAGAUGGAUAGUGUGCCGGGUGUGAGGCAAUAUCUCCUUCAUUUUGUUGUUGUUGUUGCAUCAUGUAAGCGUCCCUGAAACUUUACCCAGUACUUCCUGUCUCGAGACGCCUGGAAAAGACAUUGUAGCUUCCCGUGGCUACCGUAUUCAUUUGGCAAUGUCCAAGAACUACAUACACAAACUGUCUUAGGGGUUAUGUUUGUGUCUGUUUCCUCCUCACUCUACCCUCAUAAAGAUAUAAGCAAUUUGUCCCGCGCAGGCAACUCUGUAAAAAGUUAGAUUAUUAUUAUUUUUUUUUUUUUGUUUUGUUUUCUUUUUUCUUUUCUUAAUUGAAGCAAUUUGACCUGCAGGACUUUCUCAGUUAUAUUGCAUGGGUGCUUGUAAAUAAGAUAAAAAGCAAAUCUUUUUUAUUCAAAGAACAUGUAAGAUAAACGAUGUAUUUAGCAUGAAGCAUGACUUAUUUUCAUAUAAACCUUGAUCCUAGAGGAAAGAAAAACAUUUGUUUUGCGCCAAUUCUUAUACCCGUGAAUUUAUUGGAUCUUCUUUUGUUUUAUCCUCCUGCGUAUAUUUGAAUCCUUUUUGGGUUCUUGAGCAGGUUUUCAAAGACACACCUUCAGGGAGCAACGUGGGGACAUAACUCUGUAGCUAGCGGCCCGAGGGUGCCACCUCGAAACGUUGGUUCCGGCUCUUAGUGGUGGGCUUCUUGUCUUCUUCUGCUCACGCGGUGGUUUAGGACUUUAGGUGAUCAGUGUUAACCCCUGUGUUAUUCCACAACACAUCUGUGGUGUGUGUUUGUGUGUGUGUGUGUGUGUGUGUGUGCGUGCGUGUCCAGGAACACACAGUUUAACAUUGUGCCUGCCUGCCCUCAGUACCUCUCAAGACGUGACAGACAUUUUUCUUUAACAUAACAGUAUUGUUUUGUUUUUGUUCUUUACCCUCCUGUGUGUGCGUGUGAGUGCGUGCGUAUUGUUUCCAUCAGCAUUGUUCAGUGUAAAUGUACCAAACAGAUGGACAUGUUGUCAGUGUCCUUAAAGAACCUCAUAUGUUCAGAUACAAAGGCUGUUUGGAGAGAGCGGUAUUAAAGAGAACUACAGUAGGAAUGCACUCAGUGGUAUAGAUGUACUGUGCACAAAGAUGCACAGUUAAACCCACAGGUAUUCAUGCCUUGGCCAUGUUUUUCUCAAUACAGGCAUACCCUUUGUGUUUUCAAUCAACGAUUAAAGUGAUUAGGGUGCUCUCGAUUAUGCAACCAGGGUCCUUGACAAUGGUGCAUGAAAUUGUUUUCUCAAAUGUAUCUGAUGAAAUCAAGGAUAUGUCAAAUGAUCAAAAUCAGCAGCUGUCAUUCUUUAACAUCACUCUGCCGAGCUUCUCAAAGUUGUUCUCUUUUUCAAGACAGAAGGCACACAAGCCAAUCACCAAACCAAAUUUUCAAAGUUUGACCAAAGUAUGAAUAGUUUUAGGCUUAACCGUACGUGCGGUUAAAAAUAGGGAUGGGCAUUUUACAGAGUUUCUCAGACCAAACGGGGGAAGACUGAGACUGAAUCGACAGCGCCUCUGGACACUGCAAAGAUGCAAAUCCUACCGAGUGAAUUUCAGUUAUUUCAAGUGAAAUAAUCUUUUACUGUACUUAUUUUAGGACAGUUUUGACUUUUCUUUUAAUUCUUAGAAGUACAAAAACACUUGUUUUAAGAUUCCAGAUUUUAUUUCUAGAAUCUUAUGCCUUCAAUUUAUACUAGUUCAACUGGCAGAUUUCGUUUCACUUAUUUUAGGGGCAAAAUGUAAGAUUUGUGUGUUUGCGGUGCAAGUUGUCACUACAGUAUGUAGUGCGCUCCAAUAUGCUUCAGUUGUUUUAAGACACCAUAAACCGGAGUACAAAAUGAUCAGUGAGUCAAUUAUUAUGCCCAUCCUUAAUUGAAAUAUUGAUUUGCAGUUGUAGAUUCAAGUUUUCACUCAGUAUAAAGCAGCUCAAUGUUUUUUAAAUCUACUGUAUACGUUGCUAAAGGUAAGCUAAUUCCGCUCACUUUCAAGGUGUUAAGGUUAUCUCUUCCAGCUGUGAAUGAAAGAACGACUUAAUUGGAAAUUCCCAAAGCAGGCAUGAGCAAAGACGUUCUUUCAUUCUGAAGUGAUUUUGAUAUUGCGCCACCGUGUGUGGUUUGGCUUCCAACGCCGCUUUAUUUGCUUGGAAGCUACAGUACAAAUGUGCACCCGAGCAGUGAGCCAAGUAGCCGAACGUAUGCAUGUCCCAUCCACACUGGUGAAAUCCUUUUUGCCACCUGUAGCAUGCAUCGCUGGCUUUUUUGCAUUUUGUAUGGUAUCCAUGCUGACAUCAAAAAAGGCUAAAAGGAGACAGUCAGUCAGUGUCUUGUUAUGUGCCACCUGUCUCUCUUGUGCGGUAUCUGUGUGAGGUCAGGCCCUCUGCUGUAUUUAAAGAAACAACCCACUCAUGUGCUGACAAAUAUCAUGUUGGUUUGGUAAGAGGCAUGUCAAAAUAUGUGGCUUUAAAAAAUAUAUAAUAAUGACAAUACUUCCUCUGUCUCGCUCAUUUGCAUUCAAGAACCUCCAACACGUUGAAAGCAAAUAGUUUACUUCACUGCCUGAAAAGACCCUUAACAAGUAUUGUUUUCAAAGCUGCCAAGUAAAAUGCUAGAAAAUUAAAAGUCGCCAAUUUCUUUUUCUGUUUUUUCUGCUCUCUCUCUCUCUCUCUCUCUCUCUCUCACUCUCUCUCUCUCUCUCUCGAGCAAAAUAGUUUACAAUACUGCCGUUCUAUUUGGCGACUGUCUAAGCUGAGUAUUGGAAAGCCAUAGGUUAGUGAUGUCAAAAACGCAAAACUGUUAUUGAUCCGCGAGACGUGACGCAGAGUACACCCAGGUGUGUUGGUUUUUCAGUAAAUGUUCAACUCUCUCCUUAUCCUCCUCCUUAUUGUGCAAUCAUAUUGCCAAAGAAUGAGUUACAGACCUGUUUCAUCACUACAUGUAAAUAUCAACGUUGUCCAAUACUGUGGCAAAAAAAUAUAUAUAAAUGUUGUUUUAUUUUUUUUCCAUUUUCUGAGAAACUGCAAUGAUGUUUAUGUGAUGUAUUGUCUUCCAGUUGGUUGCAAUAAUAAAAAAUAAAAAAAAUCCAAGUUGCA